AUGUCUGGCAAAAUUGACGCGUACGUGGAUUGCGUCUCGCCCUACUCGUACUAUGCGACUCUCUUUCUGAGAAAAAAUCGGAAAGCACUAGAGUCGCACGGCGUGGAGAUCGAAUUCCAUCCUGUGUUUCUUGGUGGCAUCAACGUUGGCUCUGGAAACAAACCACCAUGGACACUACCCGCCAAAGCAAACUACUCCAAGUUUGACUCUGAGCGCGCAUGCAAAUACUUUGGCGUGCCGCCGAUCAAGAACCCGGAUUUCUUCCCUAUUCUCUCCAUCAUGCCCCAACGCUGUAUGAUCUAUAUCAAGCGCACAUAUUCACGGGAGCGAUUUGAAACCACCUUCCUCUCGCUCUCCGAGUGGAUGUACCACAAGAAUAUCGACAUCAGCAAGCCAGAGCAUCUGGCCAAGCUGCUCAAGUCCCAUCACUACUCCGAUGAGGAAAUCAAGGCGAUCCUAGACGCGGCUCAGAGCCCGGAGUACAAGGAGGCUCUGACGGCCAAUACGCAAAAAGCGUUGGAUCAAGGUGCAUUCGGGGCGCCGUGGUUCUGGGUCAGAAAUAAGUAUGGCAAGGAGGAGCCAUUCUUCGGAAGUGAUCGGUUUGCCUUUAUGUGGCAGUAUCUGGAUCUGCCUUUCCAGGACGUCGCGAUUCUUGAAAAUACCAGGAAAUCCCGGCUAUAG